GCGAGCGAGCGCGCGCGCGCGCGCGCGCAGUACUCCAGGUUGGCACAGGCGCAGGUCUCGGAGAGCGGACGCAGCGUUGUUCACGGCGGCAGCAUGGCCUCGUCUCACGGGAGAUGCGACCAGCGGUUCGCAGACUGGAUGUCAAGUUUACCGCGGAGCAUGCACACGAUCCCGCUCACCAACCUGGCGAUUCCCGGCUCCCAUGAUUCCUUCAGUUUCUACAUCGACGAGGCAUCUCCAGUGGGCCCCGAGCAGCCUGAGACGGUGCAGAACUUUGUCUCUGUUUUUGGCACGGUGGCCAAGAAGCUUAUGAGGAAGUGGUUAGCUACGCAGACGAUGAACUUCACAACCCAACUGGAGGCUGGGAUCCGUUUCUUUGACCUGCGCAUCUCCACCAAGCCCCGAGACCCCGACAAUGAGCUGUUCUUCGCCCACGGGCUCUUCAGUGCCACGGUCAGAGAAGGUCUCGAGCAGAUCAGCAGUUUCCUGUCAGCUCAUGCCAGAGAGGUCGUGUUCCUGGACUUUAACCACUUCUAUGGCGUGCAGAACCUGCACCAUGAAAAACUGGUGGCCAUGUUAAAGGAGAUUUUUGGAGAGAAACUGUGCCCAGUUGUUUUUGCUCAGGAGGUGUCUCUGCAGUAUCUGUGGGAGAAGGAGUAUCAGGUACUGGUCUUCUAUCACCACCCCAUGGCCCUGGAGGUGCCCUUCCUGUGGCCAGGCCAGAUGAUGCCCUCUCCCUGGGCCAACACCACUGACCCAGAGAAGCUGGUUCAGUUUCUGCAGGCUUCUGUCACUGACCGCAGGAGGAAGGGGACGUUCUUCGUCUCCCAGGUGGUUCUGACACCGAAGGCCAGCACUGUGAUGAAGGGUGUGGCUAGUGGACUGAGGGAGACGAUCACAGAAAGGGCCUUACCUGGCAUGAUGCAGUGGAUCAGAUCGCAAAGACCCGGCGAGAGCGGCAUCAACAUCAUCACAGCUGACUUUGUGGAGCUCGGCGAAUUCAUCAGCGCCGUCAUCACCCUCAACUAUCACCUGGACGAAGAAGACGACGACGAUGCCACCUGAGAGCCUGCAGGGGGGGUCAGAGAGCAUGGCCACCGCCCCUGAUGCCAGUGGCUGGAUCUGUGUUCUCCUGUUCUCUUUGGCAUUUAUUCCAAGAGGGGCGCCUCGCGGCUCCUUUCACUUUAUUUAGGGCUAUAGAGAUCGAAUGGUGAAAAGGAGUAAGACAGGUUGGGAUUAGCGGAAACAGCACUGGUGUUUGGUUUGGGCACCAAGAGAAUGAGAUUCUGCUUGGUUCCUAUUUUUGGGGGGGGGGGAUCAUUCUUUGUUUCCUGUGCUGUAAAAAGAAUUCUGGUCUAACGCACUGUUUCUAAGCUCACCGCUUCAUCAAGGGUAGAUUCCUCGGAGCAUAUCAUCUUUCUGCUAAAUGUAUUGGUAAAUCGGUCUUGAUAUUCUAGUGACAGUGACAGUUGUUUCUACGGUUGCUUUACAUGAGUCUGUGUAACUUGAACCACUUAAAUUGUAGGUUGGUGUAAGUAGCUAGAAGUUGUUUGUAAUUUUUUUUUAAACAAUGUCUAAGAAGCCUUUUCACCUCUUUCUUUGCGAACAUUAAGCGUCACUCCUAAAAACAGCGUCAGCUUCACUAAGAAGUGUUAUUAUAAUUUGUUUACUCAACGCACAGCCAAGACAUUAACAAUUUUUUCAUUUUUUCCAUCCUUUCUGAAACGGUAAAUUUCUCAUUGGGUUUUGUACCAGUAAUAGUUUCCAAUGAAGUCACUUUGCAGCCUCGCCAUUGAUCAGACUCCUGUGCACACUCUGGUUAACCGAUUCCCUCUUCUUGCUCCAAACCAGUGCCGAAAAAAAAUUCAACAAUCACAUUACAUCUAACUAAUCUUGUUUGCUUCUCAAUUACACAAUAACUACAAUUAAAAGCGUCGGUUGUUGCCACAAGCUACAGAGUUGUAGAAAAAAUGUUACUAGUCAUUCCGGGAACACUUUAUGAAGAUAGUCAACCUACAGAGAGUAUUUGCAACAUUUCAACAGUUUUGAAGUUGAGAUUCAUCAGGUCAGCUGUUUGGCGAAUUCUUACUCUGAUUCGAACCAUUAAAAUGGUCUCCUAAUUGUUGGUUGAAUAUUUGCGUAUACAUUGUUGAACAUAAGGCGUAAACUCUCCGUAGAAGAACGAUCCAAAUGAAGUCUAAAGGACAGGUAGGAUCUGUCAAACUUUUUGAAUUUUGAGGUGGGCGCUGAGUCGUGACAGUCAAGUACUAAAAUACUGUACGUUUGGAUAUGAGAACGUAUCCACCGUCUCUGAUUCCCCUGCUGAAUCCUUGUGCCCUUUGUAUAUCUGUCUGUACUUGCUGCUGUAGCGCAGUGUACUGUGUGAGUCACCACGAGAUGCAUCACAGUGUCGUGUCUUUCACAAAAAACGGUGUAAGUUGCUCAACACCCCACUCAGCAAUCCAUAACUUCAAGUCAGAGAAGGUUAAACAUCAUAAUUCAGAGACAGCAGGUCUCAAUAUGUCAUAAAUGGAUUCACACUUCACAAAUAAUACAGUAAAUGUUUAGUUAGGGUCUUUUGCCGUAGCUCUUUGUCGUCUACUUUAUUAGGUGUUUCAUGUUUAUUAAUGUUUGUAAACCCCUGGAUUUCUGCUGUACAGUAUCAAUACUGGUGCAAUACACUAGUACGCACCCCCUUUUUUAAUGUACAUUUAAUGCAUUCAUUUCUUUACCCUGCAAUGUCUUCCAACAAUAUGGAAAAGUACAUUGAAAUGACACUGAGAAAGUCAUUGGAAAUAUUUUUUUUGACACAUUAUGCAUUAAAAAACAAUUUGCAUAGUUGUCAAACAUCCACACACACCUUAUGAUCAACGUGGGAUUAUUUUGCAGAGAAUGUAUUCUGUAAGGGCAUUGUUGUCUAGUCCGGUAAUGGGAAGUCCAAAAAAUGGGAAACUCAACUCUUUGGAUUCGUGAAUGUACGCGUCUUGUGAGUAACUGUGCCAUUUGUAUUUCUAGUCUGAUGUGACUGAGCGACUGAGCGUCAGCAGGAAAGUCAUGUUUGUAUCAUAUGCUUCAAUGUGAAAAUUAGUUCAAACCUUACUUCUUUGACUUCAGUCUGGUUUCAUGUUGAGAUGUUUUAUAUUGUGGAAACUUUGUACAUACUGUAAUUGCAAAUAGUAUACUGCCGGAAAAUUGUAAAUUAUUAAAUUAUUGUGAAGAGUCAUUGACAACAAUUUCUUAACUUAUAGCUUGACUGAGCUUUCAUACUGCUUCUUGUUUUCAUAUUCCUUUGGUAAUUCAAUUUUGUGCAUGGACCAGAAACGUAUUCAUGUACCUGGCAAAGGUCGUUGCGGUUUGCAUAACUUCUGUUAUUUCAUGUACAUUGUUCUUGAGAGCAUAUAGGUGCAUAUCGGCUGGAAAGGUUUUGACCCUUUAAAAACAAACCUUCAGAUAAAUUUUGUUUUCAAAUGUUGCACUUGCUACUCAAUACGGAUCAAGAGUGAACCCACACAGAUGACCAGCCUGGUUAAGGCUUGCAAAUUGUGUUGUAAGGACAUUUGUGUCUUCUCUGUUCUAAACUGUUGUUGUUGCCUUUAUGUUCUGGUGUGAAAAGAGUCAAAUUUGCUGUUGUAAAACUCGAACACCUUCGAUCCAAUGACAGUGACUCUGUUCUAAGUGGAAAAUGGCCAAACAAAUAAAGCUUCUAUGCGUAACUCGUGA